AGGUAAGAAGCCCAGUUUGGUUAUGAUCCGAAGGGCAGAAGAAUGAUAGAAGAAGAUAGAGGGCAGUAAGGUAAGGGGGCAACGCAAUGGUAAGAGAAUGAUGGUGAAACCUCCUGCAUGGCUUGAAGCCCUAAUCUCUGAGUCCUUCUUCGCCCCCUGUGGGCUCCACCAGUCUGGGAGGAAGAACGAGUGCAACGUCUUCUGCUUACACUGUUGCCUCCCCAUUUGCCCUCACUGCCUUCCUUCUCACCGCUCUCAUCCUCCUCUUCUCCAGAUUCGACGCUAUGUUUAUCACGACGUGGUUCGCCUUGCCGAUCUCGAGAACCUCAUUCACUGUUCUUAUAUUCAGCCUUACACCAUAAAUGGAGCCAAAGUGAUAUUCCUGAACCACAGGCCACAGUCUAGGCCUUGCAAAGCCCCUUCCAAUGUUUGUUUAACUUGCGCCAGAAUUCUUCAACACCCCUUCCAUUUCUGUUCCCUCUCAUGCAAGGUGGAUCACAUGGUGUUUGAAGGGGCAGAUCUUUCCACCAUUCUGCUGAGGUUGGAAGAGUCGGAUUUUGGGUUUUCACAAUUGGAAGGGCUGCCGAUGGAUGCUUCCCAACUCACCGACGACGACGACGACGACGACGACGACGAGCACGCCCAAAUCACGCCCAAUGCUUUCUCCAAGAAGAACGCCAGUGGCUUCCUCCCUCCAAUUGCUCUCUCUUUGGGUAGCCGGAGAAAGGGGGCUCCCCAAAGGGCUCCACUGUCUUAGACUCUUAAAAUAAUUUUUUUUUAAAAAAAGAGAGAGACACACAUGUUUGUUGAUUGUUAGUUAGUUAGGUGUUGUUAAGCUUAGGUUUCCCUGUCACAGUGUCUGCCUGCUUGUUUCUAUUAAAAAAUCCACAAGAAAUCUAAAGCUAAGAGCAAUUCCAUGGGUAAGGGAAUGUUGGGGAGCUUGGCUCUCAACACCACCAAUUUUGUGCUCCAUCAUGCAAUGGAAUUCCGACCUAUCUUUAUAUAUAUGUU